CUGCAGGUGGUCACGCGGGUGAUGAGGAUCGCCUUGAUUGUGGCGAUUAUUCAUGGUGUGGCGGCGGCGCAGACAGAGGACACAGAAGCCACAGUCGCUAGACGGGUUACGUGGAGGUUUUUGCAUUACAACCCGCUGACGACGCGAGAGACGGAGAGGCUGGAUGACAUUGAGAAUGCAUGCGAGGGGUUCCAUAUGCACACAGCGCAGGAAGGGGUGCGACUGGCCUCUAGGCAGUUCGGCUUCACGAUGAUAGGCCUCUACAUGCCGCCACGUCGGACGAACGUGGAGACGAGAUCGACCCACGAAGAGUGCGUGGACAAUUUGAUGGAUCGGCUACAGGAGGAGGACAUCCUGGAGGGACCGGAGGCCAUGGGGGACGACGCGAUGUGGUUAAAGGAGGGCAUGGAGGAGGGUUUCAGGAGGCUCUUCCGAGAUGAGACGCCGGCGGAGGCUUCCGGGGUGUUCGAUGUUCCAGACUUCGUGAAGGAGCGCCCGUUCGCGCAAAAGAGCAAGCAGGCCACGCCAGACGCGGGGGGCAACAGGCGCAAGAAGCAGCGGCGCACCGUCGAGGCCCUGCCCCAGGGGGAAGACAAGGACGACGACGUUCUCGGUUGCUUCGUUGCCGCCCUCUCCAGGCUAGCGCGGACAAGCGCAGCGGAACUAAGAGACAUCGCAGGCAUUGCGUUCGCAUGCCUGCUCUUGCCCAUGGAAGGCCAGGCGGCGCUGGCCAUGAAGGCCCCGGGGCACACGUACAACGAGACGGUCCAGGCACUCAAGGCCAAGAACGACGAGAAGGGCCUGGCAUGCGAGAAGAAGUCGAAAGAAGUGAGAUUGCCGUUCUGGAUGGUGCACAUCAAGGACAAGGGCGCGGCGGAGGUGCAGGAAGUAGCCAUGCGCUGCACAGGCAGACCUACGACGCCCAAGGAGAACAAGCCUGGCAGGACGAAGCUGCCCCUCACCCUCAACAGCAAGCGCGCGGAGGUGCAGGGCGCGCCGGUGGCGGGGCUUCGCCGCAGGAACGGAGCCAUCAAGAGGGGGCCAGCACCCCGCGGCCCUCUCGAGCGGGCGGCGCAGCAGCUGCUGGAAGAGUUCGAAGGCAGUGCCACGCACGAGGAUUGCGCUGAGUACUUCGAUUUGGCAGUGACCGAGGGUUGCGGCGACUCCCUCAGCUACCCGGCCGUCGUGUACGAGCUAUACUGA